UCCACCUGCCUCAGCCUCCCAAAGUCUGGGACCACAGGUGUGAGCCACCUCACCCAGCUUUACUUUUUUUUAUACUAUUUGAAAUUCAGAGUGUAUCUGCAUUUAUAGCCUGUUUCAAUUUAGAGCAACCACAUUUGAAGUGCAGAGUAGGACACAUCCUGAGUGACCACCAUUUGGGCAUUUGAGAUUUAAGAAGUCAGUUUUUUAAAGUCCUCUAUGAUUUUUAUGUAUAUUUUAAAAUGUUGAAGCUAGGCAGUUUAAGUGUGCAGUCAGAGUGCCGUGUGAGAACUAACUUCAUAAAGUUGUAGCCUAAGAGAAAAGCACACAGGCUCCUGGGUGAAUAGAAGAAACUUACUCUCAACAUUACCUUAAAAAUCAUUUUGUAAUUGAAUGUCUUGCUAUUUUCAUGAACUGUUUCUAGUUUACAAUAUUAUUAAGCCAGCAAUGUAUUUUUGAGGGGGAAAUGUAACUUAAAAGUUAUAGUGAAAAGAUAGGUGACCCUCUUAAGGAGUAUAACAAAUUUAAGUCCAUUCUAUUCCCUUUAAGAAUGUAUACCCAGCUUUGUUAACUUGGUUAUAUUAAUCAACUUCCAGAUUAUUUUGAUUUUCUACUAAGAAUGGACUGCCUCCUUACUCCCACCCCCAGUUAGAAUAUUAGAACAAAUAAUUAAAACUAUUACUUCAUAGAUUUCCAGGAUGCAGAGUGGGGCACAAGUGAGCCACAACUCCCUGUGCCUUACCUGACUUUAGACUUGAGAAUGGUGGCAGUUAUAAACAGUGCUUUGAGACAGGCUUCUUUUUACUGACUUUUGAAUCAUGAGGAGGUAGGUGGUCCACUCCAUGAAAAUGAACUCUGAAUGUCUUGAUACUCCCCUUGACACUUUGAAAGGAGCUGUAUUUAAUAGCAAAUAGCACUUAUGGAGGAGAAUCUGAGACAUACAAACCGCCAUGCAAAGAUAAAUCAACAGGGGCUUGAAAAAUAAAUUGCAGGCCUCAUAAAUUCACAGCCUCUCUUCUCAAAUACUAAGCCUAAAGAAAUAAGUAGAAGUUCCAUAAUUAUUCUACAAAUUGUGUAUUCUGAAUCUCUUGGGUAAUUAUCACAACUAAAAAUUACAUAUUACAAUAAUCACAACCAGCAAAUUACCUGAAAUUGCUUGUUCAGUGUGUAUCUUUCAGUAACCAAAAUUUGUACAUAAAAUGACUAUGCAUGAGUGCUAUUUAUAAUGGAGCACUUGUUAGUAUUGGCUGUGUAAAGACUUCUCUGAUUUCUCUAAUUUAAUUUUCAUCAGCACUACAGGUUUAAGUAGUACCUGCUUCAAUAUCUAAGCAAAGGGGUUUUAUUCUUAGAAUAAAGCAGUUAAAUUAUACUGGUGUAAUGGAACACUGUAUCAAAAUAUAUAUGUGUAUAAAUUCUAAGAAAAUACUACUUAAUUCAUAUGUUAAUCCCUUUGCUAGCAAACUUCAUUACAAUUUUUGCCAUUAUUAAAUGAAAAUUAAGUGUCUUCUAAAUGUUUUAUGGAGUUCAAAUUUAGUAGGUGAAUCCACUGCUGACUAUAAAAUGUGUGAGCUGCUUCAGUAGUUGUUGUAUCCUGAAGUGCAGAUUGAGGGUGUGUCUAGAUGGAGCCAGCUGUGUAUCUUCUUCUUCUAAGCUUCUCUCCCAAAACAUAGGGGCAAGUAAAUGAUUUUUAUAGGUAGAUGCUUUUAGGAUUUGAAUAUUUUUCAUGUAUUGGUGUUAGCUGUGGGUCCUAUAGGAAUCCUGUGGGUCCUUCAUUGGUGUGAACAUUAUUGUAUGGGACUUCCAGUCUGUUCUUUGGCACCCAUGCAACUUUCUCUUAUGUUUUUAGUUGGCAACUCUGGAGAAUACUGGUUCCUAAGCUCUUUUCGCUCACAGAUACCUUAAAGAGUCUAAUGGUGACCUAGGGAUUCUUUUUACCAGAGAGAUGUACAUAAACAUGUGAACGAUUUUGCAUAAGGCCAAGGAGGAAUUAUUGAGACUAAGCAGCAAACUGGGAACUGUUCCAGCUGGAGAGGAUUGGAUAUAAGAAGGGACACUAGUGCCUCCCUGUUUAGGUAACUGCAAAUCUGUGUGAAAGCUACAGUAAGAAAUGAGGCUAGAGGUAGGGGUCAAGUAAUGAGGAAGAGAAUCCAACAUCCAGGAUGCUGCGGGUGUCCAUGGGUGUAUGGGUUUCUCUCUGGGGUAUUUCAGAUUUAUUGCAUAUUAGUGGCUUGCUUAUGAGAUUUUUCUUGAACGUUAUUACAGUGAUUCAGUGAGUUAUUGUUGGCUAAUUGAUGUUUUUAUCAUUUCUGGUUUAAAUGUGUAUAUACUUUCAUUCAUGUAUUUGAACAAGGCUGUUCUCAGUCCCUUUUAGAAUCCAGGCAACUUCCUCAUCUUUCCCCACCAUCCUGUGGGUCUUUCAGGAUUUUUCCAAGGUUACAGCUCAAAGUGUCAUGUUGACAGGCUGGAGCUUGUCACCAUUUCUAAAGUAUGUUUUUGAAUGCAAACUAAUACCCUUAAUUCUUACCCCAAGGAAUUUUAACACACUUCGUCAUUGUUGUUGUUGUUAGCAGUAGGCUAGCUUAGAAUUGUAACUUGCCCAUGCCAAAGCAACAACAGAUUGCAAAGGAAUCUUCAAAAUGGGCAGUUUUUCCAGCCUGUUUUAGGAAGUCCCCUAGCUGUUCACUGUACCACAGUGAAGAAGAAAGUGAAGAAGACCUUUCAUGUAAAUGAAUGCAGUGAUGUGGGUAAGCACAUCAAAGGUCUUCGUAAAAUGAAAAUUAAAAUUGUUCAGACCUGUCUUAAUGUUUAAUGCUUACUUAAAUGUCUAAAUGACUAAUUUGACUAGCCAUUUGCUAGAGGAUUACUCAUUUUAACCUUUGAGUUCAUUAUACUUAAAGUAGCUAAACACAUUUUAAAUAAUCUGUAAUACAUUAAAAUAUUAAAAAUACGCUUUCUCAUUAAAAAUACUGUCUUUUCCCACUUUUUUAAGCAGGGUAUUUAACAAAAUGAUUAAGUGUCAUUUUCGUUUCCUAUACCUAGGUUUUAUAAGCUAUUAAAGUUAUAGGCCAUUUAUCUGUUAAUAAUGGCUGCUGUUCCUUUUUAUGCUAUUUUCCUGAGUGCUUUAAAGGUUAUUUUUAUUAAUUAGCCAAUAUUUCAGCCCACAGUAAGGGUGAAUCCUCUCUAAAAAAUUUGGUUUUCAGUCUGCUCAACUCACAAGUGAUUAAGAAAAAAACAACUGUGAGAAUUCAUUAGUCAAAUAUUUAAGAAAUAUGUUUUAAGUCUCUUCCCGAGAUUUUUUUUUUAAAGCAUGCUGCGAUAGCCUUCUCUCAUUUUCUGCCUCUUUACUUUUACAUGAUAUAUAAGCCAAAUGGAUCAAGUUUUUUUGACAAAGUGUGCUUUGUAUUGUCAUAAUUUGUUUUCAUGUUUAUUAUCUAAAUUCGAUCAGUGUAGCAGUUUGGUAAAACCCAGAUUAUAUGUAUGUCUUUUCACUUUGUUCCUUCUUUCUUCCUGUGGUAAUUUACUAUAAUUGUAUUUUCCCAGUAAGUCAGAUCAUAUUAGAGACAUUAUUCCAUAAUUAUCAGUAGGUGUCCUUGGAAUAGUGCUUGGCUCACAGGAAGUAGGUGGUGGGGUUUAUGUAUAUUUUGUUUUCCUAGACAUUUUUAUGUAAUUCUAGGUUGUUGUCAACAACCUGCUUGUAACCAGACAAAACCUUGCUAUUUAAAUAAUUCUAAGACUAGUUGCUCUGUCAAACAUGUGAGUCUUGACAGUGAGUCUCAAUCAUGGUGAUACACCAGAAUCAUCUGGCGAGUUCUUAAAGCAAUACCAGUGCUUUGGUACCUCUAAGGCUGUGAUUGAAUUGAGCCAGGAUGGGCCCUGGUAGUGGUAGGCUCUACAAGUUCCUCAGAUGAUUCCAAUAUGCAGCUCACCUUGGGAUUCAUUGUGUAUUAGAAGGAACUAGAAAGCAUCCUCCUACUCAGUGGUUUUCAGCCUUGGCUUACAUUGGAAUCAUCUGGGGAACUGAACGCUCUAAUAGCCAUGUCCAUUCCCUAGAGGUUUUAUUGAUUCUCUGGGAUAUUGGUCGGCACAUGGCGAUUUAAUAAAAUAGCCAGGUGAUUGUAACAUGCAGGUAAGUUUGAAAACCACUGACCACCGCUUCUGUUUUUCAGAUGAGGAAUUUGAGGCCCAAACCAAAGAGAUUAAGUGACUUGUCCAAGAUCCACAGAACCAGAACCAGAAUUCAGAUCUUCAGACUUGUUAUCAAAUGUUUUUACCAGGACUUCACAUAUUUUUAAGAAAACACGAAAUCUCACAAAACUGUCCCUUAUCUUCAGUCACAUGCUGGCAGAAAUCAAAGCAAUCUUUCCCAAUGGUCAAUUUCAGGGAGAUAACUUUCGUAUCACAAAAGCAGAUGCUGCUGAAUUCUGGAGAAAGUUUUUUGGAGACAAAACUAUCGUACCAUGGAAAGUAUUCAGACAGUGCCUUCAUGAGGUCCACCAGAUUAGCUCUGGCCUGGAAGCAAUGGCUCUAAAAUCAACAAUUGAUUUAACUUGCAAUGAUUACAUUUCAGUUUUUGAAUUUGAUAUUUUUACCAGGCUGUUUCAGCCUUGGGGCUCUAUUUUGCGGAAUUGGAAUUUCUUAGCUGUGACACAUCCAGGUUACAUGGCAUUUCUCACGUAUGAUGAAGUUAAAGCACGACUACAGAAAUACAGCACCAAACCCGGAAGCUAUAUUUUCCGGUUAAGUUGCACUCGUUUGGGACAGUGGGCCAUUGGCUAUGUGACUGGGGAUGGGAAUAUCUUACAGACCAUACCUCAUAACAAGCCCUUAUUUCAAGCCCUGAUCGAUGGCAGCAGGGAAGGAUUUUAUCUUUAUCCUGACGGGAGGAGUUAUAAUCCUGAUUUAACUGGAUUAUGUGAACCUACACCUCAUGACCAUAUAAAAGUUACACAGGAACAAUAUGAAUUAUAUUGUGAAAUGGGCUCCACUUUUCAGCUCUGUAAGAUUUGUGCAGAGAAUGACAAAGAUGUCAAGAUUGAGCCUUGUGGGCAUUUGAUGUGCACCUCUUGCCUUACGGCAUGGCAGGAGUCAGAUGGUCAGGGCUGCCCUUUCUGUCGUUGUGAAAUAAAAGGAACUGAGCCCAUAAUCGUGGACCCCUUUGAUCCAAGAGAUGAAGGCUCCAGGUGUUGCAGCAUCAUUGACCCCUUUGGCAUGCCGAUGCUCGACUUGGACGACGAUGAUGAUCGAGAGGAGUCCUUGAUGAUGAAUCGGUUGGCGAACGUCCGAAAGUGCACUGACAGGCAGAACUCACCAGUCACAUCACCAGGAUCCUCUCCCCUUGCUCAGAGAAGAAAGCCACAGCCUGACCCACUCCAGAUCCCACAUCUAAGCCUGCCACCAGUGCCUCCUCGCCUGGAUCUAAUUCAGAAAGGCAUAGUUAGAUCUCCCUGUGGCAGCCCAACGGGUUCACCAAAGUCUUCUCCUUGCAUGGUGAGAAAACAAGAUAAACCACUCCCAGCACCACCUCCUCCCUUAAGAGAUCCUCCUCCACCGCCACCUGAAAGACCUCCCCCAAUCCCACCAGACAAUAGACUGAGUAGACACAUCCAUCAUGUGGAAAACGUGCCUUCCAGAGACCCACCAAUGCCUCUUGAAGCAUGGUGCCCUCGGGAUGUGUUUGGGACUAAUCAGCUUGUGGGAUGUCGACUCCUAGGAGAGGGCUCUCCAAAACCUGGAAUCACAGCGAGUUCAAAUGUGAAUGGAAGGCACAGUAGAGUGGGCUCUGACCCAGUGCUUAUGCGGAAACACAGACGCCAUGAUUUGCCUUUAGAAGGAGCUAAGGUCUUUUCCAAUGGUCAUCUUGGAAGUGAAGAAUAUGAUGUUCCUCCCCGACUUUCUCCUCCUCCUCCAGUUACCACCCUCCUCCCUAGCAUAAAGUGUACUGGUCCGUUAGCAAAUUCUCUUUCAGAGAAAACAAGAGACCCAGUAGAGGAAGAUGAUGAUGAAUACAAGAUUCCUUCAUCCCACCCUGUUUCCCUGAAUUCACAACCAUCUCAUUGUCAUAAUGUAAAACCUCCUGUUCGGUCUUGUGAUAAUGGUCACUGUAUACUGAAUGGAACACAUGGUCCAUCUUCAGAGAAGAAAUCAAACAUCCCUGACUUAGGCAUAUAUUUAAAGGGAGAUGUUUUUGAUUCAGCCUCUGAUCCAGUGCCAUUACCACCUGCCAGGCCUCCAACUCGGGACAAUCCAAAGCAUGGUUCUUCACUCAACAGGACGCCCUCUGAUUAUGAUCUUCUCAUCCCUCCAUUAGGUGAAGAUGCUUUUGAUGCCCUCCCUCCAUCUCUCCCACCUCCCCCACCUCCUGCAAGGCAUAGUCUCAUUGAACAUUCAAAACCUCCUGGCUCCAGUAGCCGGCCAUCCUCAGGACAGGAUCUUUUUCUUCUUCCUUCAGAUCCCUUUGUUGAUCUAGCAAGUGGCCAAGUUCCUUUGCCUCCCGCUAGAAGGUUGCCAGGUGAAAAUACCAAAACUAACAGAACAUCACAGGACUAUGAUCAGCUUCCUUCGUGUUCAGAUGGUUCACAAGCACCAGCCAGACCCCCUAAACCACGACCCCGCAGGACUGCACCAGAAAUUCACCACAGAAAACCCCAUGGGCCUGAGGCGGCAUUGGAAAAUGUCGAUGCAAAAAUUGCAAAACUCAUGGGAGAGGGUUAUGCCUUUGAAGAGGUGAAGAGAGCCUUAGAGAUAGCCCAGAAUAAUGUUGAAGUUGCCCGGAGCAUCCUCCGAGAAUUUGCCUUCCCUCCUCCAGUAUCCCCACGUCUAAAUCUAUAGCAACCAGAACUGUAGACACCAAAAUGGAAAGCAAUCGACGUAUUCCAGGAGUGUGGAAAUGAGAGAACUGAGAUGGAAUUCAAGAGAGAAGUGUCUCCUCCUCAUGUAGCAGCUUGAGAAGAGGCUUGGGAGUGCAGCUUCUCAAAGGAGACCGAUGCUUGCUCAGGAUGUCGACUGCUGUGGCUUCCUUGUUUUUGCUAGCCAUAUUUUUAAAUCAGGGUUGAACUGACAAAAAUAAUUUAAAGACGUUUACUUCCCUUGAACUUUGAACCUGUGAAAUGCUUUUCCUGUUUACAAUUUGGCAAAGUUGCAGUUUGUUCUUGUUUUUAGUUUAGUUUUGUUUUGGGUUUUUGAUACCUGUACUGUGUUCUUCACAGACCCUUUGUAGCGUGGUCAGGUCUGCUGUAACAUUUCCCACCAGCUCUCUUGCUGUCCACAUCAACAGUUAAAUCAUUUAUUCAUUUGGCUCUCUACCAUCCCCAGGCCCUGCCCAGGUCCAAUUCCAUUUCUCCCAUUCACAAGAUGCUUUAAAGGUUCUGAUUUUCAACUGAUCAAACUAAUGCAAAAAAAAAAAAAAAAAUUAUGUGUUCUUCACUACUGAGUUUCUUCUUUGGAAACCAUCACUAUUGAGAGAUUGGGAAAACCUGAAUGUAUAGAGCAUUUAUUUGUCAAUAAACUGCCUUUUGUAAGGGGUUUUCACAUAACAUCAAGGAGCUUCCCUUUUUAGUUUAAGCUUUGUGACCUUUAAUCCUCCAUAUUCUCAUGUCUGUCAUCCCGGGGUAUCACAACUGUAAAAAUCUGCAAUAUUGGAAAGCAGCUACUACAGAUGUGGAAGAUGUAACACUUGUAUAAGACAGUGCUGUACUGAAGUUAUAUAACAAGGUCUUCUGAUACUUAUGCCUACAUUACUUUGAGGGAUGCUGAAUGAGAGGGCACUCUCCCUGAAAUAUAUUAAUAAUUCUCAGAUAAAAUUAUGGGCAUACCUUUUCUGAAAUGGAAUUAGAGUUCAUUUCCCAUUUGAGUGAUUACAUUCUAGCUCCUGAGAGCUGUGGGAACCAGUUCAUACUGCAGUGGAAACGUUAACUCUUUGAUGCACUGUUAAGUGUCAAGGCUACUGUGGCGAUGUUUUUUGCAAAGUUCUCAGUAAUUUCCUCUCUGCAAUCAAAUUAGAGGUCAUAUUUAAUUUGCAGAUUCUCUCGUUCAUUGCUCCACACUGCUCUAUCAAAUCAGGUGAAAAAAAUUAAUACAGUUUUGCCUUUUUUACAAAAUGGUGGUUGGUUCUUCAGACACCAUGUUAUUACUCUUAAUAAAUCUACAACUAUUUAUUGAGCAUCUAUGAUGUGCUUGGUGCUGUUAGGCACUGUGUUUUUAAAGCACAAACUCUCAAAAGCUGAUUCCAGCGUAAUGUUUUAUUUUUGUUUUUCUGUAUUUUUAAUGACAAAGUCUGUCUGAUAAGACAAAGCCUGGAAAGUUUCCCCCAAAGGUUUAGAAUUUAGAAUUAGCUGUUACUCAUUUCUAAUGAGAAAUUAAUGGAGAAAUGAGAUAAAAUCAUCUCUGUGUAAAUGCUUGAAGCCACAGAAAGUUUUCUAAAUACGGACUAAUUAUGGGUUUGUGCAUAUUUCUGUGUCUCCUCUUUUCACUUCACACCCACUGCGAUAUACAAAGAUGCAUCAGAUAGUGAGCCUGCCUUCAGGACUUGGAAGGACAUGACUGAACAUCUAGUAGAUCUGGUGAAAAUUAAUGUUAUACAAAAGACAUGUAGACUAAGUUGACCCUGGGAGAGGAGGUAAUGCAUUCCUUUGCAAAGUGACAUGUGCCCUUUUUUUUUUUUUUUUUUUUGACAGUCUUGCUUUCAUGGUAUGAGAUGAGAACUCACAGGCCUUGGGUAAUUUCUGCUUUUGUAUGAAUUUUUUCAGAUGGUUCUGAGCUGGUUAUGUCCCUGGAGGGGAAUUUUUCGUCUGCCUUAGAUGUUCUUCCCAUAAGUAGGUAUACGAGCGAAGUUUCUUACACUUUUAAAAUUGUAUUGGCACGUUUUCUUUUGCUUUAUGAACCCCUGUUUUUUGUCAUUGUGAUUUUUCACUUGUUUUAACAGUUUCAGAUGUCACCUUGGAGUAGCACAGUUUAUUUUGGCCUUUUUAUGAUUGCUGCUGAUAGGUACAGUCUAAAAGCCAAAAGUUGCCACUUCAUUGUGAUAACAUUGUUAUAACAUUCCUAAUAGAUUAGAGAAUGAUGUAAAAUAAGAAUGUUAGAAAACAGCACAUUCUCAUUCCGUUUAUAAAUAAUAUUUGAAAAUUUCCAGUGAGAAUUAAAAAAGAAGGACUGGUGAUGAUAUAGCAAACUUGGACCUGAAAUUUGUGGGAGGGAUAUCUAUUUUGCAGAGAAAAUUUACCAGCCUCCACCAGAAUCUCUGCAUCUUGUACUCAAUAGCAACCAUUAGUAUUGUCAUUUGAAAAGAAUGAAUCAAAAAUUCAUACAGAAUGGAAUGAAAAGAGGAAAACUUUCUAUUAAACACUGUCAACAAAGACCCAUUGCUAUCUAUCACCUAUGAAAUUAAACCUAAAAAAAAUUUUUUUGAGAAAAUAAUUAAAUGUUUUUUUAUUGUAAAAGCGACUGAUAGUUGAUGUUUGGAAGUGAUCCAGACUUUGUUUCACUGUGAUUCAAAAAGUUAGACAUUCCUUCCAUUUCUCAAGAUUUGGUAACGCAAAUUUUUUUUAAGUCAGCAUUUCAUAUAAUUCAUAAAAUUAAGACAAAUUAAUUUAUUGAUAUCUGGCCAAUGUGAACCCUUCUCCCCCAACCCAAACAUGUUCUGGAGGUAGAAGGACUUAUCCUCAAUUAUAUUCCAGUAAAUUUAUCUCCAUAAUCUGUUUUUUCCCCUAAUGUAUGAUAUACCCUCACCAAAUUUUUCUAGAAUUGAAUAAAAGCAGUUUUUGCUUAACUUGAAUUUCCUUCCACAAAUACAACUUUCAGCUCUUCCUUCUCCGUUUCCCUUCUGCCCACAUUGCAAAUAGUCUUCAUAAUAGAGCCCUCAUUGCAACUUAAAAGGGUCCCAUUUGUUAACUCAGCAUUUCAUAUACCAAGAACACUUGCAAAGAUUUGUUCGUAAUGUGAAUUUUUUAUUUUUCAGUUCCAGAAGCAUUUCCUACAGUUUGAACGUUAUUUUUUCUCUCGGAUUUUCAACUUGAAGCUUUGAUUUGCACUGAAUUAACUUGGUUAAAAUGUUAGUUUCUCUUCAGCUAACAGAUUUGAAAGCAAAUUACAGUAUAUUUGAAUAAUUCAGGUACUGCCUGUUGACCUGGAAUUUUAGUGAUUCUGGGAAACUUUUCCAGACAAAGACACCGAUAGAGUGAAGGGUUUUUUCCCCAAUUACUAUUUUAUUGUUUUUUAAAUGCCUUUUUAAAACUUGUGUAAUGUGGCAAAAUAGUCACAUGUUCCAUUAAUUUAUAUUUUCUUCAUUCCUUUUCAAUUCUGGUUAUUAUGUAACCUCAACUAUUUUAUCUGUUCUUUUAAGGUAUUUUAUAAAAUGAACAUUAAC